UUUGGUGUGACAAACAAAGGCCAAACAGGAAGUGUUGGAGCUCCAGGUGCUUUGUCUCAGCUGAUUGGUCCCUGGAAAUGCCGAGACGCUGUGAGAAGGCGAUGACUGAUCCGAUCGGGAUGGAGGCCGACCAGAGUCACAUGACUGAGACGAUAUUAGACCUCACCCUGGAGAUCGUCUGCCUGCUGACCGGAGAGAAAUAUGGAGUGGUGAAGAUGGCAUCCAUCGAUUGUCUCUUACAAGGCUUGUAUCCAACUAUGUCAGGAAAAUUGAGAAGUUCCAUUAAGGAGCCACCACCUCCCACCCUUAUGUUGGCGAGAUACAACGACAAGAAGAUUCUAGAAGUCACCCAGAAGAUCAUAGAGCUGCUGACAGGAGAGGUUCCUAUAAGGUGUCAGGAGGCCACCAUGGAGGAGUGCGUAGAAGGACAUAAGGACUCCAUGAUGGAGAAGCGACCGCCCCUCACAUCACCAGAUUUAUCUGAAGGAGCCCAGAUGCCGGAGACGUACGGAGCUAUAAAGGAGGAACUGGACUGUUUUGAGGAUGAAGGGCCUUUGAACGAAGAUGUGGACUAUAUGAAGGUCAGAAUCGAGGAAGAAGAUCCUUUGAGAAGAGACUGUGGAAUUCCACCAUCUUCUCCAUGCUUGGACGUCUGCGAGGCGCGAAGACGUCCGUCGUGCACUCAGUAUAAUAACGAGGAGUCGGACCAAGCGACUCCUGAGACAAGCCAUUUAUCUUUUCAGAUUAAAGAGAACCUGUUUUCGGAUGAUGAAGACCAUUUGGAAGAAAAGCCACCAACCGAAGAAGAAGAAACCAGCAAUGGAACUAAAAAUAGAGAUGAAGCUGAAAGAAUAAUCCAACCAGGUAGUCCUUCCCGGCUCCCAAUUCAGAGUUCGGAGGAAAAGACGCACAGCUGUGCCGGGUGCGGCAGCGUCUUCACCAGCAGCUCUGACUUCCUCCAUCACCAGCCUACGUGCAAAGGGCCUCGUUGGCAGUGCGGUGAGUUUUUCGACAAUCAACCAAUCCAUACAAGGUCAAAACCGUACACCUGCUCUAAGUGUGGGAUGUCUUUUAGGUUGAAGUCGCUGCUUGUGGAGCACCAGCGCACUCACAUCGAGGAGAGGUCCUUUGCGUGCAAGGAGUGCGGGAAGUGUUUCGACCAGAGGUCGACGCUCAUGAAACACUUGGGGACACACUCCGAGGAGAAGGCGUAUUUGUUUGCGGAGAGUGGGAACGAUUUCGGAAGCAGUUCCGGCCUUGUUACUCAACACCGAAGUUUAACAAAGAAUGAGCCCUUUGUGAAGUUUCCUACCGAGGAGGAGCCCUACAUCUGCUCCGAGUGCGGGAAGUGUUUUGACCAGAGGUCGACGUUCAUGAAGCACUUGGGUUCUCACUCCAGGGAGAAAUCAUAUUUGUGUUCGGAGGGUGGGAGCGAUUUCGGCAGAAGUUCCGGCCUUGUUACCCAACACCGAAAUGCAACAGAGAAUGAGCCCUUUGUGAAGGUUCCUACCGAGGAGGAGCCCUACAUCUGCUCCGAGUGCGGGAAGUGUUUUGACCAGAAGUCGACGCUCAUGAAGCACUUGGGUUCUCACUCCAGGGAGAAGGCAUAUUUGUGUUCGGAGAGUGGGAACGAUUUCGGCCUCGUUACCCAGCACCGAAGUCCAACAGAGAAUGAGCCCUUUGUGAAGUCUCCUACCGAGGAGGAGCCCUACAUCUGCUCCGAGUGCGGAAAGUGUUUUGACGAGAAGUCGACGCUCAUGACGCACUUAGGUUCUCACUCCAGGGAGAAGGCAUAUUUGUGUUCGGAGAGUGGGAACGAUUUCGGCCUUGUUACCCAACACCAAAAUCCAACAGAGAAUGAGCCCUUUGUGAAGUCUCCUCUCGAGGAGGAGCCCUACAUCUGCUCAGAGUGCGGGAAGUGUUUUUCCUGUAACUCGCUCCUCAUCUCUCACCAGAAAUCCCAUUGCAGGGAACAGCCCUAUUUAUCAUAUGAUUAUAACGAACCCGUCGGUCAAAAUUCUUUUUUAGGAAGCCAUCAGAGAACUCCCAGCGGAGUGAAACCCUAUUCUUGUUCAGAGUGCGGGAAAUGUUUCUCCGAUAGCGGACACCUGACUGUUCACAAGAGAAUCCAUACAGGGGAGAAGCCGUACACCUGUUCGGAGUGCGGGAAAUCCUUCACCCAGAAGUCGUUGCUGAUAAGCCACCUAAGAACUCACACCGGAGUGAAACCCUAUUCUUGUUCCGAAUGCGGGAAGAGUUAUUCCCAGAGCGGUCACCUGACUGUCCACAAGAGGGUCCAUUCCGGGGAGAAGCCGUACACCUGUUCAGAGUGCGGGAAAGCAUUUUACCAGAGGUCGUUGCUGAUCUACCACCAGCGAAUUCACACUGGGGAACGACCUUACUCUUGCAUGGAGUGCGGGAAGUGUUUUACCCAUAGGGCCAACCUAGGGGUUCACCAGAGAAUCCAUUUGGGAGAAAAGCCAUUUUUGUGCGGAGAGUGCGGGAAAUCCUUUAUUAACAAGUGGGGGCUGGUCAACCACCGGAGAACUCAUACCGGGGAACGGCCCUAUUCUUGUCCUGAGUGCGGAAAGUGCUUCUCCCGCAGUCCUAACCUCCUGCGACACCGGAGAGUCCACUUGUCAGAGAGUUAA